AUGCAGCGACUAUCUCGUCAAAGAAUUUUGUUGGAUGGCCUUCGUGGCGCUACCAUAUCCCGCGCCGUGCAGCGGACCAGCGCAGCGCAUGCUUCCAGAUGCUUUUCAAGCACGGUCUCAAGGCGGGAUGGAGAGGAGAGGAAAUGGUCCACGCCUUUGGCAAAGCAACUGGCCGAGGCUAUCUCGAUGACCGGCCCCGUACCUCUCGCGAGCUAUAUGCGCAUGUGUCUGACCGGUGACAUUGACGGAUACUAUACGGGUUUGGCCGAAGAGAACAGAGACCAGUUCGGCUUGAAGGGGGACUUUGUUACGUCGCCCGAGAUUUCCCAGAUAUUCGGCGAACUGAUUGGCAUCUGGUUCGUUGCGGAGUGGUUGAGCCAGGGCAAGCCUAGUAAGGGCGUCGAGCUCAUGGAGGUCGGUCCCGGGCGUGGCACUCUAAUGGACGACAUGCUUCGUACUGUGCAGAACUUCAAGGGUUUUGCGCAGAGCAUCGACGCCAUCUACAUGGUUGAGGCCAGCCCUCAGCUCCGAGAGGCACAGAAGAACCUCCUUUGCGGUCCUGACGCGCCCAUGACCGAAUCCAAAGUCGGCUAUCACAGCGUUUGCAAGCGGACCAACUUACCCAUUGUCUGGACCGAGACCAUUAAGUCUAUCCCUCAAAGCCCCGAGAAGAUGCCCCUGAUUGUGGCACAUGAGUUCUUCGAUGCGCUCCCCAUCCACGCCUUCCAAGCCGUCACCGUCCCCCCUUCCCCGCCCAAAGAGCCCAUACCAGGACAACCUGCCCCGAGAACCCCCCCUCCUCGUGAACCUGAAGGACCCAAGAUCGAAUGGCGCGAGAUGCUCGUCUCGCCGACACCGCCAGACGCCACCCACGCGACCAUGAACAUACCGAAAUCAGAACAGGGCGACCCGAUCCCCGAUUUCCAAAUGACGCUCGCCACAGGCCCAACCCGCCACUCGCGUUACGUCCCCGAGACUUCAUCCCGCUACCGCCGUCUGAAAGCCACCGUCCCGGACGCCGUAGCCGAGAUCUGCCCCGACGCUUCCAUCUACGCCGCCGACUUUGCCAGCCGCAUCGGUGGCUCAAAGCAGCAUCCCAAAGCCCGGCCCUCUGGUGCGGCACUGAUCCUGGAUUACGGCACGUCCGACACCGUCCCCAUCAACUCUCUGAGAGGCAUCCGCCGUCACCGCCGCGUCAGUCCCUUCUCGGAACCCGGUCUCGUCGACCUGAGCGCCGACGUCGACUUCACCGCCAUCGCUGAGGCAGCGAUGGUCGCGAGUGAGGGUGUUGAGGUCCACGGACCGGUCGACCAGGGCGCAUUUCUGGGUCAGAUGGGCAUCAAAGAGCGUGCCGAGGUGUUGAUAAAGCAAGUCAAAGCCAAUGCGGCCGCUGACAAGGCGCAGGCCAUCGAGGGUGCAUGGAAACGUCUUGUGGACCGUGGCCCCGGCGGGAUGGGUAAGGUCUACAAGGCCAUGGCCAUCUUGCCUGAGAACGACGGAAAGAGGCGUCCCGUCGGCUUUGGCGGCGACGUGUAA